GUAGACGGCAGACGGCAGAUGGCAGACCACAGGCGGCAAACCGCAGACAUCCAUAAAUUAUGUUAUAUUUUCGGCUCGAUUGUAAGAAAAAAACGCGAUUGCAGUUGCUCGUAAACGGUAAACGCAUAAAGAUUUUUCAACAGUUGUUGACGGACAAAAUUCGACCCAUCACCCGUUGCGAUUCGUGAUAUUUGUUAUUUGAUAUAACAGAAUACUGUUAGCUAUAGAAUUUAUAUUAUGCGUAUUAAUUUGCGCGCCGCCGCGGCGGCGCCGACAAACGUAACCGGAAGGAGGAACAGUCGCGAAUGCUGGAUAACGGACUUUCCUGAAUGAUGCUAACGAUAACGGUCACCGUGAUAAGCAUUUAUGAUUGUACUAUUUGUUCUAAUUUCUCACAAAUUGUACACCAUUAUUAUUAACAUAUUUAUAAUUUUAUGGUUUUAUUAAUAAAUACUUUAUGACGUCUGUGUUACUACUGUUAUAAGUUACUUCUACUUCUAUUAGCAUUAUAUUGAAUCUGAAGGAUUAUUCACCAUGAAUUCAACCUCAGACUUACUCACCAAAAACCUAAAACCUUUACCAAUUCGCAAUCCAUUUGGCCGUGUGAAAAAAAUGGGUGUGGACAUCGACAGUGUAAUAAAUGAAAUUAAAUUUGAUCAAAAGCUAAUAAGUGUGUUUAACACUUACAACAAGUAUAUCAAUUUUCGGUUUGACCAUGUCAUCAGAACAAGUAUCACUCAGUUACCUGAUGAACUCAACCAUAAUGUCGACUAUUCUGAAUUUUAUCCAAGUCAACAUAUUUUAAUAGACUGUAUUAAUAGUAACAAUGACAUAGAUAAUGUUACAAAACUGCGAGAAGAAUUAAAAUCUUUAACAACAGAAGUAAAUUUAAAAAAAAAAGAAUUGAGUAUAAUUUCUAUUAACGAGGAUGGAUUAAAAAUAAAUAUUAAACACUUAGAAGACAUUAUAUCAAUUAAGAAAAAUUUCAUCAGUGAAACGGCGAGCUAUGCAGAAAUCAGAUGUAAUGCAAAAGAAAAAGUUCAAAAAGAAUACAAUAGAAUAAAUAAAAAAUAUAUGAAAAUUUUAAGUCAGUUAAACAAGUCUAAUAAAAUGACAAAAACAAAUUAUGGUAAUGGAACUAGUAAAGAUAAGGAUUACGGGGAGCAAACCAAUGAUAGACUAUUACGAUAUGAAGAUAAAAUUAAAAGAAUGGAUGAUAUUAUAAAAAUUGCCAGUGAUAGUACAGAAAAAUUACUACAAUAUCAGCUUGCUUUACAAACUUCCAAUGAUCGCUUAAAAAUAUUUUAUGGCCAAUUAAAUAACCAAAUAAAAAGUAAACAAGAAGUUUCAUUAUUGAUAAUACAACACGAAAAGCGAAUCAAUCAAUUAAAAACUAAAUUAUCUAAUUUGGGGGUGUUAUCAAGCGUAGAAAAAAGUAGAGUCCAUACAUCAUCAAAUUUAAUUGAAAAUGAUAAUCUUAAAAAAGAAUUUUUGGAUUUGCAAAAUAUGAGAAAUGAAAUUUUAAGUUCACGUCCUAAAGGAAUGUUCAAUCCCAAAUAUCAAAAGGAAAAUAAUUUAUUUAAAGAAGAUAUUCGAAAAUAUUUGGAAAACGACGAAGCAAUUGAUUCCAUAGAUUAUUUAAUUGAAUUAAAAAACAAAAUGUGCAAUAAUGAUGCAAAUUUAUUACAUUUUAUUCAAACGAAUUCAAACGAAACAACAAUUUUCUGGAAAUGUUUGUCAACUUUAAAUGUAGAUGAAUUAAAGAAAUUGUUGGUGCAUUAUUUCAUCAAAGUUGUUGAUUUAAAAGAAUCUGGACGAGAAAAUGAUGAAAUAAUAUCUAAGCUUGAUGCAAUAAAUGAUAGACAAAGGCAUACUAUUGUGUCUUUAAAUAACGAUUACCAAGAAUUUCAUUUGUCAAUCGAAAAAAAAUUCAUGGAAUUAAAAAAAUAUUAUCAAGCAAAAGUUAAUAUGUUAUUCCAACUAGUUCAAGAAGAAAAUAAUGCUAUUACUAUGUUUAAAACGAGACAAGAAAUUGUGGGACUUAAAAAGAAAAUAAUUGAACUGGAGAAAUUACCAACAGUAAAACCUAAGGACACUUCGGUGGUGCCAGAACCCCAUAUUUGUUCAAAUCUUCUAGAGGCUUCAAAAUCAGAAUCUGAAACUAUGUCAUCUGCCAAAGUAAUAUACCAUAAAAACAAACUGAAGAUACAAAAAAAUAAAUCCAAAUUAAUUUGACAUAUAUGUUUAAACAAAUUACAUAUAUUUGUUUUCCAACUUAUAUGUAUAGGUAGACUAGGGUUGCCAUUUAUACAAAAAUACAAGUCAGGACACUAUAAUACCCUCCCCCCCCACCGCAACACAUUCUUUGGAAUUUUUAAUAAUACCUUUUUUAGUCCAACGUUAUUUAAUAUUUUUAUUAUAUUAUAAUUUAUAAUAAAUAAGAAAGUCUAAAAUUAGAAAUAGCA